AUGCAAGGCAAUCAAUCUAAAAAGAAAUUUGAAGCGCAUACAUUACUUAGUAGUAAUAAUAAUAUCGAUUCAAGUAGAUCCAAACAUAACAAUCAAUCAAAAGAAACAUCUACAAAACCUAUCAUUUCAUCAGUUUCAGUUUCAGAAAAUUACGAUAGACCUAAUCAGUGUUCGUCUUCAAGUUUAACAAGUAAAUACUUAUUUCCUUUGGAUGAUUGGCAUCUUCAUAACCAAAGUUCACAAAUGAAAAACACAAAAUCAGUAAUGUUUACUGAAAAUUGCUGUUCUGAUGUUAAUAAUAAUGAUGAUAGCAGUUGUACAAAUUAUCGUGAAAAUAGUGAUAGUAAUAUUUUUGCAAGCAGUCGACGUAAUUCAACUCCAAAUGUAAUAAAUGAUACCUCUGUUUAUGCUUCAAUGGACAUAACAGCUUCUUUAUCACACAUAAGAUAUUCUCUGCCUUCAUGUUUCACUCAAAGUAAUCAAGGCAUCAAUUCUUCAAGGUCACUAACGUCACUAGCAAUUUCACCGAAUUCAAAACAGUUAUUAUCCCUCAAUAAACGUGUACGGCUUCAACUUUCAGAUACUUUUAUUAACGGAUUCAAGUAG